AUGUUUUCUUCACUUCUCAAAAAAGCAAACACUUGCCCUAACUUUGACAUCAAUGCCACUUCAAAUUAUGAUGGUAUGUCGUUACUUCAUUUAGCAUCACUCAGUGGCAGCACAUUACUAGUGAAAGCAUUAGAAAAAUAUGAUAUCAAUUGUACACUAACUAUUGAUGGUAAGUCUCCAGUACAUUGUGCUACAUCGUCAGGUUCUACUAGUGUAUUAAGUUAUAUUUUAUUUCAGUAUAAUCUCAAUGCUAAUGAUGCUGAUACUGAUGGUCGUAUACCAUUAACUGGCUGCUGCCGGUCAGGUAGUAUUAAUUCUGUUAAGUAUCUUAUUAAUAAUCAUAACAGUGAUCCUAAUAUCACUGAUGAUUUUGAUGAAUUAAUAACUACCUAUCAGUUAGAUCCUCAUCAAGCUGAUAGUAAUGGUAACCUACCAAUUCAUUAUGCUGCUCAAACUGCCUGUCAAUCUGGACGACAGAAUAUGGUAUCACUAUUACUUAAAGCCAGUCUGUCUAACAAUAACUUAUUAAUUACUAACAAGAAAGGACAGACACCAUUACACUUAGCAGUUGCCUCUGGUCAUAAGGAUACCGCUGAAGCUUUACUGUUCUCAGUCACUGGUAGUUCUACUCAUCAUGAUCUUCUAACAGCUACUGAUAAUGAAGGGUCCACUGUAUUACAUACAGCAUGCAUUAAUGGCCAUAUUAAUGUGUUUCGUUAUUUAUCCAGUAUUUAUCCUCAAAGUGUUAAUGUAUUGGAUAAUAGAGGACGUGGUUUACUUCAUGCAGCAUGUGAGGGAGGAGAUAUUGGAAUAGUAAGAACACUAAUUGAGACACAUGGACUGGAUGCUUUAGCAGAAGAUAAAGAUGGCAUCACCUGCUUACACUUACUAGCAGAGAGAAAGAGAGUUUAUAUAUACCAGUAUUUGGAACCAAACAUUGUCUCCAAUCCAGUACCUAAAGACAAGUCUGGUCGUACUCCUCUUCAUUAUGCUUCUCGUUCUGAUAAUAUUCGUAUGGUACGUUAUCUCAUAGAGACCUUCCCCUGUACUCCUGAUGAUCCUGAUAAUAAUGGAUACACUUCAGUUCAUAGAGCAUGUGAAGCUGGUAGUAUGGAGUUAGUACAAUACUUUCUAACUGAUCUCAAAUGUAAUGCACUAGCUGAAACUGAUGAACGUAAAACCAUGCUUUAUUUUGCUAGUAAGAGUUCUAAUUUAGAGCUUGUUUUGUUUUUAAUUGACGUAUUCAGUUUAAAACCUCGUCCACAUGAUAUUGAAAUAGCUCAAUCAGUUAGUCCUGAUUCAUCAGUAGUUAAAUAUCUUCAAGAGAUACAUUAUGAUUUAUUUCUUUUAGAACAAAGCAAAGUGAGUGGAUAUCAUGAGAAACUUGAAGGACAACAGGUUGACCCACCUGGACAAAAUAUUGUGUCUUAA